AUGAAAUAUCUACACAGCUGGGCGGGCGAUGGCGAGAAGACUAUCUGCUACAUGUGCGGAAACAACGCCUCGCACGUCAUCGUGCAGUGGGCCAUCUGGAUGUCUGGCAACAUUGCGGUACCUUUAACCCCUCUCCACCCGGAGAUGCUAAAGUACUUCCUACAAGACAGCACAGCCAGUCUCGUCAUAUGCACCAACGAGCAUGAGAGCAUCCUCCGCCCACUGGCUAAGGAUAUUAUGAAACCUCUGCUGGUCACUGGAAAGGACAAGGAGAUAACUGCUCAGUUGUACCAACCCAACAAUUCGUUCACAACCAAGGAAGAGGUGACGGACGUUGGGAGAUCCAACUUGUGGUAUGGAGAGAAGGACGCGCUACUUAUCUACACUAGUGGGACCACAAGCAAGCCGAAAGGCGUCGUAUGGACGCAUUCCAUGCUCAGUGCUCAAAUAGCGGCUCUCCAUCAAGCUUGGCGGUAUUCCCGACAAGAUGUAGUUCUUCAUGCAUUGCCACUGCACCAUAUACAUGGACAGCUGAAUUCUAUGUUAUCCACUCUCGCUAUUGGCGGCAGAUUGCGGAUGCUGCCCUCUUUUGUAUCGCACACCGUAUGGGCGCGUCUACUCGGGAUGGGCGAACGGGAAGACGCUAAAGUGACCGUAUUCCACGGAGUGCCUGCAAUAUACGCGCGCCUUGCCGCCGACCACGAGAAGAUGUUCCAAACGCCCAAAACUGCGGAAUACGUCAAAUCCACGCUGCAGAAGAUGAGACUCAUGUGUGCCGGCUCCGCGCCGCUGCCUGAGUCGCUGUUCCACAAAUGGGAACAGAUAUCCGGCCACCGUCUCCUCGAACGCUACGGCAUGUCCGAAGUGGGCAUGGCGCUCUCCAACGCGUACCGGCCGAUCUCGGCGCGUGCGGUCGGAUGCGUCGGCAUGCCGCUGCCUGGCGUUUCUGCGCGGAUCGCUGCUAAUGUCGACGGGGAGUUGAAGCCUGUUGUGACUGUCACAGCGCCACCUGUGGAUACCACGAUAUCUUUGGAACAAUGUACUCAGGCCUCUAAGGAUAACAAAGACACCUGGACGACAGCAGAAGUGACUAAGCAUAUGGACACUGAUUGUCAAGGCGAGCUGCUGCUUAAGGGUCCUGGAGUGUUUACAAGAUACUACAACCGCGAGCGCAAAUCGGACGAUUUCACCGACGACGGCUGGUUCCGUACAGGAGAUACGGCUUCCUUCACAGACUUGUUCAGGAUCCUCGGCAGAACCUCGGUGGAUAUCAUAAAAACUGGUGGAUACAAGGUGAGCGCUCUACAAGUGGAGUCUGCCAUACUGGAACAUCCCCGCAUCGCUGACGCAGCAGUUCUUGGGAUCGAAGAUCAGAGCUAUGGAGAAGUUAUCUCCGCGGUCGUUGUUCUAAAAGACCAGGCUACCAUGACUCUGAAGGAAUUGAAAGAAGAUGCCAGCAAGCGUCUCGCGCCGUACCAGAUGCCGAGAAAACUGCUAGUGGUGAAGGAAAUGCCAAGAAACGUGAUGGGGAAACUCGACAAGAAGAAAAUUAGGGAGCUAUAUGGACAAGAACUGAAGAUGUAAAUGAUUAAAGCGGCCAUUUUUGUUUUCAAAGUUGUCCACCCCGCUUUUUGGCUCAGUCGGUAGUGACCCUGCCUGCUGAGCCGCGGUCCUGGGUUCGAAUCCCGGUACGGGCAUUUAUUUGUGCGAUG